AUGGCGGCUAGUAGAACCAUCAAUAGUUGGGUUUUUCUAAUCAUAGCUCUUUCAUUCCUUGUACAAACUAAUAUUCACUCUUCUCAGGCUGCAGUAAUAUUUGACAUCGAUAGCAAUGUAUCUCAACCUCUACCAACAACGGAUAACACAAGUGGUGGUGCUGGUGAUACUUGCUACCAGAUGAGACAUAGCUGGUUUCCCUGUGCUAAUAACAUUCCUGGAAAUUUGAUUUUAAUGGUCUUUUAUGGCACGAUAUUGAUAAUGGCAGCUAAAUUAAUUUCAGAUGGAGCAGAAUUGUUGUUAGAUUUAGGAUUGCCAGCCAGCAUCAUUGGUGGGUUGGUAUUGCCACUACUAGGAGCCAUACCUGAUGCAGUCAUGAUUUUAGUAUCUGGAUUAGGACCUAAAGAAUUAGCGCAAAGAAAAAUAAGCGUAGGAAUGGGAGCAUUGGCUGGUAGCACAAUUAUGUUGCUAACACUAGCUUGGGCGGGUAGUUUAAUUAUUGGCAGGUGUGAUUUAGGCGAAGACGGCAAAGCAAUCGAAAAAACGGGCGCUGAUAAAUUUAGCCUAACCCGCCAGGGAGUUACCGUUAUGAGUGAUGUCAAAGUUGGUGUUAUUGUGAUGGUUUUAACAUCUCUAUCCUACCUCGUUGUGCAAACUGCUGAUUGGGUUUAUGGUCCGAGCAAAGUAGGGCCUCAACCGGCUUAUAUUCGCUACUGUGCUCUAGCAACAAUGAUUAUAAGCAUUAUCAGCUGUAUUGUUAACAUGGCCUAUUUGCCGUCCAAAAUAGGCGAUGUUGAAAGAGCACAAGAUCAUAACACUAAGGUAGCUGGUACAAGCCAAGCUAAUGAGGACGAAGAAUCUACGAAUGAGAAAAGCCGAUUGGUUCCUCCUGCAGCUGGUCUAUCUAAAAAGUAUUUUACUGCAUGGAAAGUAAUGGCUUCAGCAAAAGAGAGCCAAGAAGAAAAAGAAGAGGAAGAGAGCCCGAAACAAGACGAAAAUGAGCAGAAAAAAGAAACAGAUGAACCCAAAGGAAAGGAUAGUGAUGAACCUGAAGAUAAGGACAAAGUCCUAAAGAAAUCGAUAGCAAUGUUACUGGGUGGAUUAUUACUGGUAACGUUUUUCUCAGAUCCGAUGUGUAAUGCUGUUGUAGCAUUAACUAACCCAUAUAAUGAGAACUACAUUCCAAUUUCCGCCUUUUAUAUCUCGUUUGUGGUCAAUCCAAUUUGCUCCAAUGCAUCUGAAUUAAUUUCUUCUUUGCAAUUUGCUGCUAAAAGAAAGCGAUUAAAUAUAACCGUAACAUACAGCCAGCUAUAUGGAGCAGCUACAAUGAAUAAUACGUUAUGCCUGGCUGUAUUUACUGGAUUAGUAUUUUUCCGAGGUUUACAAUGGGAAUCAUCCGCAGAGGUAUUGGUGAUAUUAAUAGUUGUAUGGUUUGUAGCAAUAUUUGGAUAUAGGGAAACUUAUAAGGUAUGGAUGGGCUUUCCGAUCGCCGUCAUGUACAUUUUCUCUAUUGUCUUAGUAGCAAUUUUGCAAAGUCCACUAGUUGGUUGGAAGUAA